AUGCUUCGAUAUUCGAUUGUGAACACUCCGAAUAGUGCAUCUCUUCCGAAUGGUCGUAAUGCUGCCCUCUAUGGUGGUUUCAGUCGGCGUCUAGGGCCUCAGCAGUUACAGUUCUCGGUUGAUUCAGACAGUGGUGAGAUAUAUGCAGAACCGGACCUGUUGGCUGGUAUUCAUCGUUUCAACGUUACUGUCACAGACGGCAAAUUCACCUCAAGAGCUUUAGUUACUGUCGAUGUAAGUAUCAUUCGUCAUGUUCCAUUCGAUCUAACUUUCUCAUUUCUGAAACAGUUGAAUAAUGUGUCGAAAGUGCAAUGCUCUGUGUUUCAUCAUGGUUGUUCUUUCAAUAUCUCGUGA